GUCCCGCUCAUACAAGUCUCUGCAGCGUACUGUAGGAAGAGCAUUGUAUUAUGAUCUUGGUAUAUGCUCCCAGAAUCUUCUUCUUAUCCUUUGCGCCAUUUCCAAAUCUUUUUCCCGUACAAAAACAAGGCACAAGCUAAACGCCACCCAGUAUUACCCACUUUCUCUCUAAACCUCUAGGUAAUGGCGGCACAUAGUAGUUCUCCGCUGUAUCACAACAACCUCUUUACCUUGAAUUCGAAACGCGCCAAUUCGAUGUUCCUCCUCCGGAACUCCUUUUCUCACUCUAAUUCUCCCAACUCUCGAUCCUCUUCCUCUUUUGUACCCUCUAUCAAUCAGCUGCCGUUAGUCUCAAGAACGACGGUUUCAUGUGCCCCCGUCACGAGGGUUUCCACAGUGCCGGUGGAGUACUCGCCGCCGGCGCCGGAAUCCGGUUUUUUUAUGCAGGAAAUUUCUCGGCUGAGAAGGCUCAGAGAAGCUCUAGCUUGCUGCCAGACAUUGGCGGAGAAGUCGAGGGCCAUUGACUCCGAUUCUCGAGUUGAGUCGUUUGUGAGGUUGCGUGGUAAUGAUUUUGUGGUGGGGAGUCUGAGUGAGCACGACAUGUAUUUGUUGAAAUGCGUGGUGGCAGCUGGCCAGGAGCAUGUGCUGGGUGAGUUCGGGAGAGGUUUGGACGGUGGGGAGCUUGAGGUGGGGAGGGGUUCUAUCAAGAGCACCCUUUACGCGUUAGCGGAAAUGAUUGAUAAUUGGGAUGGCCAUGGUGGUGGUAGGAGAAAAGGUCUGAAAGACGAAGACAGAAAAGCAUUGAGGUCGCUGCUGAAGAUGCUUGGAGAUGUUGAGGAGUUCUAUGACUGCAUUGGUGGAAUAAUUGGAUAUCAGAUGAAAGUGCUCGAGCUACUUGCUCAAUCAACUGACGCAAGGGAAAAUGUUAAUUGGUCCCAGCAAACAAAUAAAUUGUUAAAAUGUCCAUUUGUGGAAAUUCAUCCUCCCUCUGUUAUUGAUCUUUCUAAAGAUACUGAAUAUGCAUCUCAGGCUGCUCUUUUGGGAAUUGAGGGUUUGCCUGAAUUAGGAGAAAUUUAUCCGCUCGGAGGGUCAGCAGACAGGCUUGGUCUGGUAGAUCCUGCAACAGGAGAAUGUCUUCCUGCUGCAAUGCUUCCUUACUGUGGACGAACUUUGUUGGAAGGUCUUAUUAGAGAUCUUCAGGCUAGAGAGUUCUUGUACUUCAAGUUGUAUGGGAAACAGUGCAUCACUCCUAUUGCAAUUAUGACUAGUUCUGCGAAGAACAACCAUGACCAUAUUACUUCUCUUUGUGAAAGGCUCAGAUGGUUUGGGAGAGGAUCAUCGAGCUUCCGAAUUUUCGAGCAGCCUGUUGUUCCAGCUGUUACAGCAGAAGAAGGAAGUUGGAUUUUGGCCAAGCCUUUUCAACCUUUGUGUAAGCCUGGGGGUCAUGGUGUGAUAUGGAAAUUGGCCCACAAUAGAGGAGUUUUCAAUUGGUUUCAGAGUAAUGCAAGAAAAGGAGCAACUGUCCGACAAAUCAGGCUUUAUAGUAAUGUUGUAGCUGCCACUGAUUUAACUCUGCUAGCUUUGGCUGGAAUUGGUCUGCGCCAUGGAAAGGCAAGGCUGGUUGAAAAACUGGGAUUUGCCUCCUGUGAAAGAAAUGCUGGGGCAACAGAAGGCAUCAAUGUUCUUCUUGAGAAGAAGAUUGUAGAUGGAAAGUGGGCAUAUGGUUUUUCAUGUAUAGAAUACACUGAGUUUGACAAGUUUGGGGUCACUCUUGGGCCCCUUGCUCCCAGCAGGUUCAUAUUCGUUCAUGUGAAGUAUAAUUGGAUUGUUGUUUUCCUAGCACUGAAGUUUCCUGCCAAUACAAAUAUUCUUUACGUGGAUUUACCUUCUGCUGAGCUUGUUGGAUCAAGUAAAAAAGAAAGCAGUUUGCCAGGAUUGGUUCUUAAUGCUAAAAAGCCAAUCACAUAUGUGGAUCAGUUUGGAAUGAAACACUGUGUUUUGGGUGGCCGUCUGGAGUGUACAAUGCAAAAUAUUGCUGAUAGUUUUACCAACACCUAUUCUUCUCGGUGUUAUAAAGAUGUAAAAGGUUUAGAUAGGUUAGAUACCUUUAUUGUGUAUAAUAAAAGAAGAAAGGUUACUUCUUCUGCUAAGAAGAGAAGGAAGCAGUCUGAUAAGUCUCUGCAACAGACUCCAGAUGGAUCUCUGCUGGACAUAAUGCGUAAUGCUUAUGAUUUACUUUCUCCAUGUGGGAUAGUUCUUCCCGAGGUUGAGGGUAAUGAAGAAUAUACUAAUUCUGGGCCUCCCUAUAUCAUACUCCUUCAUCCUGCUCUUGGUCCACUUUGGGAGGUCACCAGACAAAAGCUUUUCCCAAGUAAUGGUUGGAGUACCUGUGGAGGGGAGAGAGGCAUUGUGGCCCUGAACAAACUGAAACAAUUUUCAAAAGCAGCCCUUCAGGACGGUUUUGGGCAAGAAACAGGCUGUAAAAUCUCCAACAAGUGA